CCAUGUCGGACAAAAGUGACCUAAAAGCAGAGCUUGAGCGCAAGAAGCAGCGCCUCGCCCAAAUCAGGGAGGAAAAAAAGAGAAAGGAGGAGGAGAGGAAGAAGAAAGAGUCUGAGAGCCAGCAGAAGGCAGUGGUGACCCCAGAGGAUUCAGACUUGGAUCGUAAACGCAGAGAGACUGAGGCCCUCCUACAGAGUAUUGGUAUAUCACCAGAGCCUCCACUAGGUUUAGGUAAGAAUGAGUCAGGUUUCUCUAAAAACAAGUCCCAAGCACAGAUCGCAAGGACGCUGCAGUGGGACACAGACCCCUCUGUGCUGCAGCUGCAGGCUGAUUCUGAGCUCGGGCGGAGGAUGCAGAAGCUUGGGGCCUCUAAGAUCACACAGGUAGACUUCCUUCCCAAAGAGGUGGUCUCUUACAGCAAAGAGACGCAGACGCCGCUCGCUGCCCACCUGUCUGAAGUAGAGGAGGAGGAGGAAGAUGAGGAGAUGAUGGAGGCUAAGCCAGGCCUCGAGUCGGAGCAGCAGGAUGAAGACGACAACAGAGAAAACAAAGAAGGCUCAUUGUCGGUGCUGAGGGAGCUGACAGAGGAAGAGCGGCAGCAGAUCCUUCACUCCUCUGAGUUUCAGAGUUUCUUUGACUGCAGCAUCCGAGUGAUGGAGAGAGCUCUGGCCGAAGACAGCGACAUCUUCUUUGACUACAGCGGCCGAGACCUGGAGGACAAAGAGGGAGACUCUGGUAGUGGCUCCAGUCUCUCUUUCAGUAGACUCUUCUACGAUGAACACUGGUCGAAACAUCGCGUCGUCACCUGUCUUGACUGGUCCCCUCAGUAUCCAGAGUUGAUGGUUGCAUCCUACAACAAUAAUGAAGAUGCCCCUCAUGAACCGGACGGUGUUGCCCUGGUGUGGAACAUCAAAUUUAAGAAAGCAACACCUGAAUACAUCUUUCACUGUCAGUCUCCAGUGGUGUCUGUGGGCUUCGCUAGGUUUCAUCCCAACCUGGUGGUGGGGGGUACGUACUCGGGGCAGAUUGUGCUGUGGGACAACCGCAGUCACCGUCGGACGCCCGUCCAGAGGACUCCCCUGUCUGCUGCUGCACAUACUCACCCGGUGUACUGCGUGAACGUGGUCGGCACCCAGAAUGCCAACAACCUGAUCACAGUGUCCACGGACGGCAGGAUGUGCUCCUGGAGUCUGGACAUGUUGUCGCAGCCACAGGAGACCAUGGAACUGGUGUACAAUAAAUCCAAACCGGUGGCGGUGACAGGCAUGGCCUUCCCCACGGGAGACGUUAACAACUAUGUGGUGGGGAGUGAGGAGGGCACAGUUUACACUGCAUCCAGACAUGGCAGUAAGGCAGGUAUCUGUGAGAUGUUCGAGGGCCACCAGGGGCCGGUUACGGGCAUCAGCUGUCACAGCGCAGUGGGCACGGUUGACUUCUCCCACCUCUUCAUCACAUCGUCAUUCGACUGGACUGUCAAACUCUGGAGCACCAAGCAAAACAAGCCUCUUUACUCGUUUGAGGACAACGCAGACUAUGUGUAUGAUGUCAUGUGGUCACCUGUGCACCCCGCCAUCUUCGCCGCCGUGGAUGGCAUGGGCCGCUUGGACCUGUGGAACCUCAACAAUGACACUGAGAGAGUCCAGGGAGUGCUGUGCCACUUCAACGGAGACUGUGACGCUCAGUGA